GAGGCCUUCCUGUGCCUUCCUGUACUGUCACCGAGGUCCCGCGGCGCCGGUGGGAGAAAGAGGCCGCCCUCGCCGUUUGUUGUCCUCGCUGCAGGUGGGAGGCGGGCGUCCUCUCGAAAGCCUACGGCUCCUGUGACCCCUCUUACCAGCGCCAUGGCAGUCCCAGGUUGCAACAAGGAUAGUGUCCGAGCCGGCUGUAAAAAAUGUGGCUAUCCUGGUCACCUGACAUUUGAAUGCCGUAAUUUUCUCCGAGUGGACCCCAAAAGGGAUAUAGUUUUGGAUGUGAGCAGCACAAGCAGUGAAGAGAGUGAUGAAGAGAAUGAAGAACUGAAUAAAUUGCAGGCAUUACAAGAAAAAAGAGUAAAUGAAGAAGAGGAGAAGAAAAAAGCAAAAAGCAAAGAGAAAAUCAAGUUGAAAAAAAAAAGGAAAAGGUCUUACUCAUCCAGUUCCACUGAAGAGGACACUUCAAAACAAAAGAAACAAAAAUAUCAGAAGAAAGAAAAGAAAAAAGAAAAAAAGAAUAAGUCAAAAAGGGGGAAACAUCACAAAAAGGAAAAAAAGAAGAGAAAAAAGGAAAAGCAUUCUUCCACCCCUAAUUCUUCUGAGAUCUCCAAAAAGUAACUGAAUCUUCAGCCUAAGCCAUUAAAUUUUAAAAUUUGGUUUUGAAAGUUAUCUGACCUUCCUUGGAAUUUGCUAUAUAAUUAUGCUUUGCAAUAAAUCACGGCCUUUUCCAUAUAGACUUUUUUUUCAUAUAUGGGACCAUUGUCAUCUGGCAAUACAUUUUUAAUGUGCUGACUCUAUAAAGUAUUGAAUCAGUCUUAUUACUUGGUAGCCAUGCCCCAAGUAUAGUUAUUUGUACAUACAAAACACAUUAUUUUUGGUAUUCAUGACUCUUUGUCUGACUAGUGUUAUUACUUCAUAAGUUGAUUGUAAAUGGCUUUACUACAGUCAACACAGGUAUUCUACCUAGCACUUAAUGAGUGUUUGCUGAAUCAAGGGUCCACCUUCCAGUGAUAAAGUGAGGUAGGGGAUAAUGCUUUGCUCUUGACUCUGAAAAAUUAAUAGCUUUAUAUCCUAUGAUAAUAUAUAAAGGUAGUGAAAUUUUUCACUGUUGUUUUUAAAUCUCAAACCUUUUUUGGAAGUCAUAGGAGAUGAAGCUGCUUUAUUGGUUUUAACUAGGACAUAUGAAAUGAAUGGUGUUGGCAGGAAGAUGAUAAUGAAAAUACUUAUAAGGAAUUUUUACUGUUACAUGAAACACAGAGUGUCUAGUACCUGCCUCCCCUGUUAUUGUAACAAUUACAGUUUUCUUCCUUGUUUAAAAAGACAAGAGUAGCUCAACCUCAUAGAGAUGAUGCUGUGUUGGGUAGAAUUUUUAGGAUAGACUCCUGGGUUGUUUUACAAAUGUGCCAUAUUGGCAUCUCUUCAAGUGAUACCUCAAACACAGAACUUUUUAAUUAGGAGAAUGACAGCUAAAUCAUCGUUAGAGCUGAUUUUUAUUGUAUUCUGUAUGUAAAUUUUAUGAAGCUUGUUUCUAUGAGUAAUGUGGAAAAUUUUUAUAAAUGUGAACAUAUAUAUUUAUUUGUCUAAAAUAAUUUGUAGUUUUGAAGCAGGUUUCACACUGAAUUUAUGGUUUCAAAAAUGACCAGUUUGGGGUGUUUCUCUCUUUUACUUCAGUCAUAGACCUUAAGAGCAGUCACAAAAAUUUAGGAUUAAGAAUUUUAUUCUGUACUUUUUAAAAUAUAAGAGCCAGGGAGUUGCAUCAUGAAAGCCUUUAUAUAACAAUGGAAAUUUUAUAUUGGUAAGCAUUUUCAAACAUAUAUUAGUAGAUAGAAGUGUUUCUUACAUUUUUAAUUUCACAAUGAUCAGUGAAUCAGUGAAACUUACUUUGCUUAGUUUUUAGAUAGCCCUGACACCCACUGAGUUAAACACUUACUAUUAUAGCAGCAUCAGACAUCACUCAGUUAUCAUGGCUUGGCACCAAAGACUGCAUGUACCUCACUGUGGUGCAGUUAGAAAUUUUCAAGUUGCUGACCUACAGACUUGGCUACAGGUGAAAUCAUUUUGGUGAAAUCAGGUAAGUACACGUAACCUCACAAGCUGGAAAGUUGUACUGAUUCUUUGUUCAUCCAGCUCCCCUCGCUGGCAUGACCUCAGUCAGAAGGGGGCGUGGAGGGCAGCUUCCUAACUCCUCAUACCUGUGCUUACCUUAUUCCCAUUCUAGGGAAGCUAUGCCCACAUCCCUACUCUAGCGUUAUAGCUGAGGAAGUUUUCACACUUCUAGCUUUUCCAUAAUCUAAUUUAGUCCGAUGGCCUCCUCAAAAAGAAACCCUUUUUUUUUUUUAAGUAGUUCUAUCAGUUGUGGAAGAGAAACAGAGUUAUUAGGUUUUUAAGGGAUUGUUUGUCCUUUGCUGUAUUUUACAUAUUUUUUAAACUGCAUUUUAUGAAAAUACAGUUCUUUGGUUAUUAUGAUGAAAAAAUAAAGAAAAAUUUUAAAAAUGAUUGAAAAAUGUUACAUGCACAAGGAUGACCUCAUCCUAUUAAGUGUAUAACAUGGUUUAAUAUGCUAAUAAUUGUAGUGAAACAAAGUUAAUUCAGGUAUUGGUGACUUUUAUUUCUGUUUAUUGUAGAGAUUAUAAAUAGGCUCAUUAGAUUUGUUUUCUGAAUGGGGACACAAUUAAUAAUGGUCCAGAAGGAUUAUAUAAAAUUCAGCACUCAUUAACUAAUACAGGGUGCAAAUUAAAAAAAUUUAAUGCUCAGUAAUUUUUUCCACUAGAUAAUAUUCUUGGAAUUAUUCUUAAGUAAAUUCCCCAUAGUAUGAGAAUAGUUUAUGAAAUCUCUCAUCUGAAUAAAAUUCAUUUCUUUUCACUAAUUUUCUUCUAAAGUAAUUUUGUUGUUGGGGUUGGAUACAGAUCUCACUCAUAAAUUUUAGAAGAUUAGUGAAAUUUUCCCUGAGGCAGAGUGUAGCAGAAGGAAAACUGAAUCUAACAGAAAAAUCCAAAAAGUCCUGGCCUUUCUAACCACCUGUCUGACUUUCAACUAAAUCAUUUAGCUUCUCUGGGCCUUGGUGUCUUUCAUCUAUAACAUAUUAUACCCAUUUAUCUCUGAGACCUUUUCCCCUCCUUAAUGUAUAUGCUUAUCAAUAUUUUAGUACAAUUCAAGUAAUAUUCAUUUUAGAAAUUAUUAUAGGUAAGAAGGUAGCAUUCUGUAAUGGUAAAGGUUGAAUUUACUAAAAUAACUGUUAAUUAAACACAUUCAACUUCUUUAAGCAGUUAAUUGAUAUUUGGUUUACAUUCUUACCAACCAAUGUGUGUCAUUUUCACUAGAUGCAUAUGGAAUUUAUGUUUAGCUUUGUAUCUGUAACCUGAUUAUCUGAAUACUCUGAGGCUGUUGCUUUUAGCUAAUGGAUCUACUCCCCACACAAUUCCCUCUUUCUUUUCUCAAUUAUCAUCUGUUGGCUAAAAUCUCUCCGAGGUAUCCCCAAUUGUUCACCCUUCAUACGUAUCUGUUUACAUCUUUGGUUCUCGGAGGCCAAAACAUCAAUAAAUAAGGAGUAAAACAAUUUAUGUGUCUGUAUUUACAAUUCACUCUGUCUAAAAUUAUAUAACUCUAGGUCACCUGCAAUUAAACUAGGUUGUGGAGUUAUUAUAAUGUUGAUAAAAAUGCCAUCAAUUCCUUUCUUCAACAAACAUUGACUGAGCACCUGGCAUGGCAAACACUGCUAAGUACUGGGGAUACAGAGAAUCAUAAGACUCCUUUGCUUCCCUAAAGAGGUUCUUAGUUUAGUUGUUAGGAGAAACAGCAGAACACAUCACUGCGUGAUAAGUGCAGUAAUUGACCUGAGCAUGUGUUUAUAGAAACACAGAAGGCUACUUAGCUUGCCUGGAGAAGUUAGAAGAGGCAACCUAAAGAAAGUAUUGUUUGAUUUGGAUUUUGAUGGAGGAUGAAGGUGGAAGUCCUGGCAGUUACGAGUGCGUACUAUAAACAGAGACCACAACAGAAAAAACUGAGUUGUGUGCGUGUCAAGGAUUGCAAGCAAUAGGUGAGGCAGGAAGUGGGAAGAAUUGAGACUACUACUGAAGGUUCACAGGAACACGAGAAAGCAGUCUUAAGUCCCAUGUUUGGAAGCUUGGACUUGAAUCUCAUGAGACACCAUGAGAGAGUUUUAAGGAAAGAAAUGACUUUUAGUGAGGUUUGGUUUCAUCCAUUUCAAAAUCCAAUUAAACAGUUUUUAAAGGAUGAAAUUGCUCUCAUGAGAAGGCCACAUAGAAAAUAACUUGGAUCUUUUAUGUCCUGUUAUGUGUAUGUUCCUGUUACGGCCUCUUCUUCUAGACCCACUCUUCUUUCUAAGAUUUGAUGAUUACCAAAAAUUCCAUUGAUUUGUCUUCUAAAAACACAUAAAGCUACUAUAUUCCUUAUCAGACCAAUCCCCAGAAUGACCUGCCUAUGUGCAUACUUGGAAAUGUACUUUGUUUUAAAUUUUUAGGAUUAUUUAAAAAAAAUUUUUUUAGAUUAUUUUUGACUGGCUUAAAUUCUGUCACUAGGUUAGUAUUUGUUACACCCAAAAAAAUCAUUUAAAAUAGUUUUCAUUGUAUAGACUUGGUUGUAAUUUGAUGAGGCCUCUCGCUUUCUUAAUAUUUUGUCUCAGUCUGUGAAGCACAACUGCUUCACAGUUACAGAAGUUACAGAGACACAUACCAGUUGGUCCACUGGUUGAGCUCAGUGGCUCUCCCUCAGGUAACCUGGUUUGGCAGGGACUAUAGCUAGUACCAGUGCUGGGACUCCACCUUCCUGGGCAGUUGGCCUCCAAGGAGAGUAUAUGUCUUAAGCUAGCUUGAUGGUAAUCCCACUUGCGAAGCCCAGGAGCUGCACUCUGUGACACAUCCAGCCAUGCCCAGCCUCCGUAUCUCUCACAGGUUAGGAGGAGUUUGGGGAACCGUGAGCAUUUCGCUGGCCUUGACCAGUUUGCCUGCUUCCUGUGUCAUUUAUGGCAUCAGCACUUGCCCUUGAACAGCAAAGGUAGAACUGUACCAGUGCCUUAACUUGCUCAUCCUAGGUUUUUACCUGAGGCAACAUCUGAUUAAUAGUGUAAUUUUGAAUAUCUGUGUAUCAAGACAGCCAGUGUGAAAUCCAUCAUGGCCAGUAGAUGUUGCAGUAAUGAUCUUGGAGCUAUGCUCUCAAUAUAGCCACAUGUCGCUAUUUAAAUUUAGAUUAAUUAAAUGAAUAAAAUAUAAAUGUAUUCUUCACUUACACGAGCCACAUUUUAAGUGCCCAGUUGCCACAUGGGGCUAGUGGCUACCAUGGACAGUGCAGAUAGGGAAAGAACAUUUCCACCGUCACAGAAACUUCUGCGCAGUGCUGGUCCAGAAGACAUCCCCAGUUCUUGGUAAAAAUUUUGACAGCCUAAUGGCCAAAAGUUUCUAAACCUGAGAUUUGCAUGCCGAGAGCAGUAAGGCGUUCCUUUUUUUUUUUUCUCUCAGACCA